CGUGGUUUAGUCCAGCGGUGCUGGCUCACUUGUCCUGCUCCUGGUCUCCGUCAUGGCGCCCUCCUUGCUGCUCCCUGGGACCCUCUCCCUGCUCGCGCUCUGCACUGCGCUCCUGGCCGCCCCAAUGGAGCCCUACGACUUCUUGUACGACAGCGGGGUGGAGGCGUAUCACCGCAACGACUGGCCGUCCGUCAUCCUGUCCAUGGAGAAGGCACUGCGGAACCGGGAGCUCCUCCGCCGCCACCGGAUCAGCUGCAGGAUGCACUGCGCUAACCAGAGCGACUUCACCGGCCAGCCCCCCAGCUGGGGACCCGUGCAGGACCUCUCCUUCUUCCGCACUGUGCUGGCCAGGGCUGAGUGCCUGACACGGUGCGAGCUGGAGAAGACGGGGGGCCCCACCAGCAUGUUCCUGGCUGCAGAGGAGAUGGAGCAGGAAUUUAAGAAGAGGACCCCAUACAAUUACCUCCAAGUGGCCUAUUUCAAGGUAGCUACUUGUGUAACAUAACACUUCUUAAUAUCACCAACAAUGGUCUUCUGUGCAUGGAAUGGCAUCCCGACAGAGAUGGUACCCCUGCCUGGUUUUAACUUUUUUGUUUCCAUAGUCUGCUUUUUAACCUGGCCACAGUAGAUAAUACAGAUAUUCACCUCUCAUCGCUGCUUUGUAUCUUCAUCAUUUACCUGCUGUGCAUGGGGGGUGGCAAUGCUGGCAUUUUAAGGGAUAGUCUGAUUUAAUCUGCUGUGAAAUGCAGAGCUUGCAGGGUGGUAAAGGCCAUUGGUUACUAAAACUUUUAACUCUAGCUCUCCAACACUCUGAUAAUGUUUAGUCAUCACUGUGUAAAUAUUUCCAUUUUGCAAUAAUAUAUAAACUAUAGGUAGUUGAUUAUGAGUCUAUCUACAGAAAUGGUAGUGAAAAUGUUAAUCUGAACAUCUGCCUGUCCUCCUUUGAUAGCACUUCGUAUGUACCCAAGAUGUGUGCAGUAAAAUGUACUGACUAUAAGGGGGUUAUAUGUAAGAGUAAGUAUUGGUUCUAAAACUGGAGCAAUCAGUUGCAACAUUCCAUUGGUUUCCAUGGUGACUGUUCUACUUAGAACGUUGCCCCAGAAUUGCUCAUUAUACAUAUAACGAUGCUCUCAUCUGCAGAUACGUGGUUAUUGGAAAGCCAAGGAUUACAAUGGGUUAACCUGAUGACACGUGUCUGGUAAUCCAUCCCUAGUACAUAGAUGAACAGUAGCCUGAAGGUCUGCCUAUAUAACUUUUUCUCCAGUCUGUAGAUCGGUGAUAAAACUUGUAAAAUAAAAUCUGGCUGAGCAUUAUGUGAAAUGGGAUUCUCAAAACCUGCAGUACUAAGAUUAGCAAUCCCUGAUUUAAACUCAGAUUGUGCAUUAUGAGAGCUACAAUCCACAGCAAGUGAAACAAUAGAUCUUGCCUGUUACAUGUUUAUAAAAAUAAAAUGCUCUCUCUUAAAUAAAUGCUCUCUGUUUAAAUCAAUCCCAGCAUACUCUUCAAGGGGUACAUGUCUAGAGUUCGCAUACUGAGUUAUAAGAUGCCUUCCCUCCCCCAUUCAAUGCACUGCCACGUAUUGAGGUGGGGAAAGCCUCUAAUAGUACAAGCUGUGGGCUGCUCUCUCUCCCACAGUAAGGAAUUUUAAAGAGACAUUCCCCUUUCCUCAGACAGCCACUGUAUUAUUUACUAAAUUGCGAAUUGUCAGGAAUUCAUAGCAAAUUUCUAAUUUUAGACCAAAAUAACUAAAUGGAAUCAUUCUUCAAGUCAGCUGUUGGGUAAUGAUUGUAGGGAAUUUAAAAGUGGAUUUUACAUUUAUGCCAAAAUAGCCGAAUUAAAACCAGAUCUAUGUAUUAAUAUUUAUUCAUACUAACUUUUUCAUUAUUUUCCCCAGUAUAUGACUCAUGAAUUUCUUGCAAUUUUGAAUUUAGUUUCUAGAAAUCAACCUACCUUUUUUUUUUGUUUAUUGUGCUCGCACUUACCCUCAGAGAGAUAGAAAAUAUACAGUCACUAGUUUAGAAAAAUAAUUUUGAGUGCAGGUUUGAUUUGCUAUAUGUUGCCCACCAGGUAGAAUUUAAGCGACACUCUAAACACCAUUACCACUGUCACACAAUGUUGUUAUCAUGCCAGUGUGCCAUUUCACUCUUUAGAGUUAAACCUUUUUCAUACAGUUAGACACUGGCCUGGGUUGCCUUGGCACCUGCAGUCCAGCCCGUCUCACAGAUAUAUGACCCAGGCAAUUGCCCACAAUGACUUGUCACUGCAUCAGAUCUGCUGGCCCAAAGCAACAGAGACACUAGUCCUAUAAAAGUAUUUCCGCAAGUUUAUUUUUUUCCAUUCUAUUUUAUGAAACCUGGAGAAUGAGUCACAAAGCAAAUUCCAUGGUCAUCAUUUUGGUCCUUGUCAAAAAGCCAUUAUAGUGAACAUGUCAUGGCAGGUUAAAUUUAGCAUGAAUCCCCCCCACUCCCCCCUUAGGCUAUUAAUAUCAAACUUAUAUUCAUAUAGAUUCACUGUAAAAGUUUGACAUACAUUCCCCUCUGGUCCAGCGCCUCAAUGCCUUUGACAUUGUGAGUGUUACACUAAUGGAAAACCCACUUCCUGUUUGUCUUUCUCCUCUUUGCUUGUCAGCAUAACUCCCAAUAUUUCAAAUGGACAAAGAGAGAGGCUUUGAUUUUAGGGGUGUCAGUGGGGUUUGCUCAGGGUGGGACUGUUCGGAGAAAUUUUAGGUGAUGAUUGGGAACAUGUGUCCCUCUUCUGAGAUGGAAAAUGUCCCACUUCUGAGAUGGUGGCACUGGAGCCUGUAAUCAGGACUGUGCCUCCUUGACUGGGAUUUAUGGGAGUUUGCAAAUGUGGCAAUGUUUUUACAUUGUUUCUCCGGUUUAAUGUCCCACAAAGUGACGGACUCUCUCAGGGUUAUUCACAAUUGGAAAUGUUUUCUUAUCCAGCUGUUUCUAAUUUGACUAUUUUGGGCUACAAUUUAUAAUUUCCUGAUCAGUAUCUGGUUUAGCGAAUAAUCCAUAUUGAAUUAGGAAUUGAUACAUCCGAUGACCAGAUUUGUAUGAAAAUAUAAACAAUCUUUGGACCUUCAAAGUCAAAUGGAGAAUUUUCAACACAAUCUAUAUUUAGGUAUGAUUAUCUAUAUCAAAUGGUGAUUUGAAGUAGUCAUGGUGCCUGGAGUAGGUCUUUGCAGUGUUUUGCUGUGAAAUGCUUCACAUAACGAGGUAUAGCUUUGGCAGUGUCAUGGGGCAUCAUUAGCCAACUAGCAUUGACUAAUUUAAAUUCUGUGCAAAUUUAGAUGCACAGAUACUAAUUCAUUGGCUGAGAGUGGUCAGCUGCCUCUCCAAGCCAAUGAAUGAGCGGCUGGAUUAACAUCCAGUUUCUGCGGUAGCUGGGUGUCGUAAACCCUGCUUCAAUGGAGACAUUCUAAUUAACGUAAUACUGCAAAUAAUAGUACAAUGCCAAUCUCUGAAACUAUAUAUUAAAACAGAUAGCAAAAUUUAGGUGGAAUCUCACGCUUGAGUCCGAGCGCUUAUUGUCAUUUACUCUGCUGUAUCCUACUAACAUCUGUCUUAAUAACUCUCUGUUCUUUUUAGAUGUUUGCUUCAGUCUAACUACUAUAACAUUUCUGGUGUCAUUUGUUCGAGCGAUUAACCCGUAAACCCAUAAGCCAGGACGCAGGAAUGUGUGAGCAUGUUUCCAGAAUUCCUAUAUGUCCUCACUUUCACCAAUGGUCAUUCAAUCCAUGUUUAUUUAUUUUUCUUUAAUUAUUUAAUUUUAUUAUUUUGGUGUUGGUGCUUGGAAUAAUUAUUUAAACAAAUAUCUUUUAAAAGAAGUGAUUUUUGUUUCCACUCACCUCUACAUACUGCACUAUGAUCCACUAUCAACUUUUAUAAUUUGACAGGGACCUGCUGAUCACUGUGUCCCAUCCUGUCUUUAGGUCUUAUCUUUUCGCGCCUAACUGUAUCUCUUUCCUUUUAGAUCCACAAGAUUGACAAAGCAGUAGCUGCCGCUCACACGUUUUACGUGGUGAAUCCCGAUCACCUGGAAAUGAGACAGAAUUUGGAAUAUUAUAAAAUGAUGGCAGGAGUAAAAGACUCGGACUUCAGAGACCUGGAAGCCAAGCCUCACAUGGUAUGUGAAUAUAUAUCAAAUGAACAAGGAAUAGAGCGGGCUAAACAAACUAAGAACACUAGGAUGGAAGACAGCACACCUGACCAUAGGGGAAUUCCUCCAACCCCCAAGAAAAGUGGAACAAAUCAAACCACAAUAUACAGGUAGUGCCAAGCAAAAUACUCCAAACACAAUUGUAUAUAAUAAGAGCAAUAUUUUUUUUGUUGCUCUAAUUAUUAUACACUAUUGUGUUUAGAGUAUUUUCUUGACGCUACCUGUAUAUUGUUGUUUGACAUACAGGUGAUACUCGAAAAAUUAGAAUAUCGUGCAAAAGUUAAAUUAUUUCAGUAAUCCAACGUAAAAGGGGAAACUAAUAUAUGAGAUAGACGCAUUACAUGCCAAGCAAGAUCGUUCAAGCCGUGAUUUGUCAUAAGUGCGAUGAUUAUGGCUUACAGCUCAUGAAAACCCCAAAUCCACAAUCUCAGUAAAUUAGAUUAUUGUGAAAAGGUGCAAUAUUCUAGGCUCACGGUGUCCCAUUCUAAUCAGCUAAGUAAGCCAUAACACCUGCAAAGGGUUUCUGAGCCUUUAAAUGGUCUCUCAGUCUGGUUCAGUAGGAAUCACAAUCAUGGGGAAGACUGCUGACAUGACAGUUGUGCAGAAAACCGUCAUUGACACACUGCAUAAGGAGGGAAAGCCUCAAGAGGUAAUUGCGAAGGAAGUUGGAUGUUCCCAAAGUGCUGUACCAAAGCACAUUAAUAGAAAGUUAUGUGGAAGAAAAAGGUGCACAAGCAGCAGGGAUGACUGCAGCCUGGAGAGGAUUGUCAGGAAAAGGCCAUUCAAAUGUGUUGGGGACUUUCACAAGUAGUGGACUGAAGCUGGAGUCAGUUCAUCAAGAGCCACCACACACAGACGGAUCCUGGACAUGGGCUUCAGAUGUCGUAUUCCUCUUAUCAAGCCGCUCCUGAUCAACAAACAACGCCAGAAGCGUCUUACCGGGGCUAAAGAAAAACAGACCUGGUCUGUUGCUCAAUGGUUCAAAGUCCUCUUUUCUGAUGAGAGCAACUUUUGCAUCUCAUUUGGAAACCAAGGACCCAGAGUCUGGAGGAAGAAUGGAGAGGCACACACUGCAAAAUGCUUGAAGUCCAGUGUGAAGUUUCCACAGUCUGUGUUGAUUUGGGGAGCCAUGUCAUCUGCUGGUGUUGGUCCACUGUGCUUCAUUAAGUCCAGGGUCAACGAAGCAGUCUUCCAGGAGAUUUUGGAGCACUUCAUGCUUCCUUCCGCAGACGAGCUUUAUGGGGGUGCUGACUUCAUUUUCCAGCAGGAUUUGGCACCUGCCGACACUGCCAAAAGCACCAAAGCCUGUUUCAGUGGCCGUGGGAUUACUGUGCUUGAUUGGCUAGUAAAGUCGCCUGACCUGAACCCCAUAGAUAAUCUAUGGGGCAUUGCCAAGAGAAAGAUGAGACCGAACAAUGCAGAAGAGCUGAAGGCCGCUAUUGAAGCAUCCUGGUCUUCCAUAACACCUCAGCAGUGCCACAGGCUGAUAGCUUCCAUGCCACUCCGCAUUGAGGCAGUAAUUGCUGCAAAAGGGGCCCAAACCAAGUACUGAGUCCAUAUGGAUGCUUAUACUUUUGAGAGGUCCGAUAUUGUUUUAUGUACACUACUUGUUUUAUUGAUUGCAUGUAAUAUUCUAAUUUACUGAGAUUGUGGAUUUGGGAUUUUCAUGAGCUGUAAGCCAUAAUCAUCGCACUUAUGACAAAUCACGGCUUGAACUAUCUUGCUGUGCAUGUAUUUCGUCUAUCUCAUAUAUUAGUUACCCCUUUUACGUUGCAUUACUGAAAUAAGUGAAUUUAUGCAUGAUAUUCUAAUUUUUCGAGUAUCACCUGUAUAUCCAAUGCUCCGGAUUACAGAGCACCGUGUAAGAGAUUAGAUUGCUUUGGGGGAAUGCAAGGCAUGGUGUAUACUUACAGAAUAACGUAGAAUUGUGCUUAUUACUAGAACAAAUAUUAAACUAGACAAAGAGAAAGCAAAAUAAAAAUGACACGAAAUUACCAAUACCUUAUUAUUUUGUGUUUUUGUUUUCAAAAUGUGUAUUAUUGAUUAUUUUUUUAUUUUUUAUUUUUUUAUUUAUUCUUCAUUGAGAGGAAGGGAAAGGAAAAAUAAUUUUGGUCACAGAAAUAAAAAUAAAUUAAAAAUAUCAAACUCUUAGGCAUCCAGGGCCCAAUAGUGUGAUUUCACCAAACUAUGAACUGUUUAGGACUAACUGCAAACUUUCCAAGAAUGUGCUAAUUCUUUGUUAAUUCCCCAUAAGUUGGCAAAUGAACACCAAGAUAUAUUUGCAUUCUAUAUUAUUUAUACCAGCAAGAGUUUCGUCUGGGAGUGACCGACUACUCAGACGAGGAGUUCGCCUCUUCUAUUGCACAUUUAGAAACCGCCCUGGAGGAAUAUUUUGUAGCCGAUCUUGAGUGCCGGAGCCUCUGCGAGGGACCGUAUGACUAUGACGGCUAUAAUUAUAUGGAUUACAGCGCAGACUUAUUCCAGAGCAUUACAGGUACGGCCAGUGGGAAAGAGGGAGGAGGAACAGGGUGGCCAGUAGCUCUGACGUGGUGGUGGAUGAUGCAAAGUUCCUGAAAUAUGUUCUGCCAGUCUGCGCAUGGUUUAAUUCAUUAAAGAGACAGUACACAAUGAUAGUAAUACUAAACUUUUCAAUACAUGUGGCUCAGUUUUCUAUUUUUAACAAACCGUUUCUAUAUCCGAGCGUUAACAUUAAUUUUUGACGGCUGAGAAGUUUAGUCCAUGAACAUUAAUAACUAAGAAAUAUAAGUGUCCUGGCAUAAAGCUGUGUUUUGCUUUUCAGAUCACUAUGUACAGGUGAUGAGCUGCAGGCAGAGCUGUGUCUCCGAACUUGCUUCACACCCAGGUCGUGAAAAACCUAUUCCCGACUUCCUUCCAUCUCACUAUCACUACCUGCAGUUUGCAUAUUACAGCAGUAAGUUCACUAUCCUAAUGCCAAAAAUAAUAUUUAUAGUAAAGUGUUAUUGCCUCUCACAAGCCCACCUUCAGACAGGAAUACAAUUGUUUAGCUUGAAAAGAAAGAAGUGUAAACACCAUAACAACAACAUGCCAUUGUAGUGGUCAUGAUGCUAAUAGGUUAUAGGCAGAGUCUGCUGCUUCUGGGUCAAAGUUUUGUCCAUCAGUUUGACCAGAACUGGGGUCCCCAAGGAACCCACUGCCCAGCCCCCUGUCCGCUUGUUUCUAAUGUAUUGGCAAAAUCGAUUUUCCUCCACAUUUGGAUGGCGGUAAUAGGCUGAUCCCAUCGGUCUGCAAAUAAGUGGGAUCAUGUCUUAUUUCCCAGAUUAACUACAGCUCACAUGAGGUUUUUUUUUUUCCCCAAAAAACAUAUUGUUUUUAAAAUAAAGACCUGUCACUGUAACACAAGUGCUUGAUACUUUUUUGAUAUUACAAUUGUAUGACUUAACGAGUCCUAUAGAUUGAGUGUAAAUAAGACACUGCGGACAGACUAGGUUAAGACUGUGGAAAUUCUGCUAUUUUUUUCCUUUUCAUAGUGAGCUAGGUUUAUUCACAGAACACUGAAUUGUUGAAGUAAUAAAACAUUUUUUCAAAAAGUUAGUAUACUUUGGCCAAGUAAGAAAAUCAUUCCCCUACCCCCCCAACUUAAAGGGUAACUCCAACAACCAAGACCACUGAAGUAGUCAUGGUGGUAGGAGUCUAUAUGUGCAGUGUAUGAUUGAAACACUGCACAUGCUGAGUUUUUUUUUUUCUUUUCUAAAUAAUGUGUUCCCAGGGCAAGUUGCUCCCCCCCAGUACACAUGACUUAGGCAGCCAAGAACUUUGUUCAAAGCUGCCUAAUGUUAGUUCUAUGCAUUUUAUUUCUAUCUGUUGUCAUAUUGUAUGUCAGAUACCUACAAGGGGAAGGUAGUUGUGUUGAUUUUUUGUUUUUUUUGUUUUUCGUCUCCCUUUGCUAAUUGUAUAGGCCUUUUUUAUAUAUUUGAAUUGAAAUCCCCCCGCACUCUCUCUACCCAUUCAUUUCCAUUCCCUUCCCUCAUUGACUCAGAUCGCACGCAUGUGCUCUGAACUGGCAAAACGGUCCAAUCCCAGAAACAUGAGAUUGGACUGAAUGAGACACCCUAUGAUGUCAAGUCUAAAAGUUUGGAUUUCAGGUAAGUAUGGAGGAUCUUAAUUUAUAGUGCCCAAUAGGGUAUUUUACACAGAGAAACCCCCCCCCUGCCCCCUCCAAACGAUUAGAGUAACCCUUUAAUAAAAUGUGUUUAUUUGUUUUUUAGUUCACUCAUUAGUGAAUAUAUGAAUGGCAUUACAAUAAAAUUCUACAUUUAUUGCUUAACCCUAAUUGCUUACCUGCAAUCAAUGUUCAUAUGUUUCAUAAAUAAAGAACACUGCAUAUAUAAACAUGUACGUCUUCUAUUGGGAGACAUAUAGUAACUAUAUAGACUAUCAUUGUAAAUGGUUGGCUCCUUUUAAAUAAAUAUUAAGGAUUUUUUUUUUUUUAUUAUAAAUAUACUCCCUUACAAAACCUAAAACACCAAUUAUCCACUCAUUAAAAAAAAAAAAAAAAAAACAUUUUUAAAAUCUACCUAUGCUUUUCUUACAGCCGAGAACUACACACAAGCUAUUGAAUGUGCAAAAACGUACCUACUGUUCUACCCAGAAGAUGAGGUUAUGAAUCAGAAUAUGGCUUAUUACUCUGUGGUUCUGGGGGAGAAAGAUGCAAGUUUAAUUAACGCAAGGGAGGUAAGUGGUAAAAACUAUACUAAUCUACAAGCAAGUGCAAAUUGUGCACCUUUGUAUUCUCUCAAUAGACUCCGAGGCUAUUGGUAUAUUUUAAAAGGGCAGUGUAUGUGUGUCUGAUUAGGAGUCAGCUCACCCAAUAAAAAGAGUGAAAUUAAAAUGUUAAUCCUGGCAAUGCCUUUUAUAGAGGGGAAUUUAUGGGGUGAUCUAAUUCUCUUUUAUGCAUGAUAAAGACAAUACAUUAAAAAGUGCAUAUAAAAAAUAUAUACCCUGUUCAGUGUUUCUCUCAGUGCUUCAUUUAGCGGAUUCACCUCUCCACCAGGAUUUAUGGGAUAAGUAGUUUAUCCCCCCAAGAGCCAUCCUAUGCAGCACAUUUACUGUUAAAGCUAAUGAACAAAGCUGUCUUCAGCGAUUGGCAGAGCUGUGAUCUACGGCUUUCUCUCUGUCCUGGAAGUAGAUAUUUUGUUCCAUAUUAUUGGUGCACUGUGCACACAUUGCAUGCAGUUGUAACUGAGCAUUAAUUUUGCCUUGGCUGAUUGACAGCUGAGUUUUUGCAGUUAUAGUUCUUAGAGUGCCUCUUUAACAUUCUAUUUCUAUAUUGUUGAUAUAGAGGUACAACUACAGUAGUUGUUAACCCCUUAAAGGACCACUCUAGGCACCCAGACCACUUCAGCUUAAUGAAGUGGUCUGGGUGCCAGGUCCUUCUAGGGUUAACCCAUUUUUUCAUAAACAUAGCAGUUUCAGAGAAACUGCUAUGUUUAUGAAUGGGUUAAGCCUUCCCCCAAUUCCUCUAGCGGCUCUCAUUGACAACCGCUAGAGGCGCUUGCGUGCUUCUCACUGUGAUUUUCACAGUGAGAGCAUGCAAGCGUCCCUAGGAAAGCAUUAUGAAUGCUUUCCUAUGUGACCGGCUGAAUGCGCGCGCAGCCAGCCGACGGGGAGGAGAGAAGGAGGAUCGGAGGAGAGCUCCCCGCCCAGCGCUGGAAAAAGGUAAGUUUUUACCCCUUUCCCCCUUCCAGAGCCGGGCGGGAGGCGGACCCUGAGGGUGGGGGCACCCUCAGGGCACUAUAGUGCCAGGAAAACGAGUAUGUUUUCCUGGCACUAUAGUGGUCCUUUAAGGACACAUGACGGGAAUAUUCCGUCAUGAUUCCCUUUUAUUCCAGAGGUUGUGUCCUUAAGUGGUUAAAGAGGAAUUGUUUUUCACUGCCCAAUAGCCAUCUAAAGAUUGACUAUGGGAUACGCUAAAUAGCGCAAAUCCUGUAAUGUGGGUUGUGAAGGCCAGUGAACAAAUACUGCCAAUGUAGUUUUUCUUGGUUUUUGUUUUUUUUUAAUUCAAUUAAGUUUUCCACUGUUCCUAGUGACUCAAUAGGAAUAAUUGAGGGAGGUUAUAGUGCAAUAUUCUAUAACAAUUUACAACACUGAUUCUAUGAAAAAUUGUGUCUAAGAUUUUCUAUUUGGGUACUCAUGUUAAUUAUUUGUUAAUCAUUCUCUAAAUGGUUGGAAUUAUAUUGAUAGGAAAUCGAAUCAGUUAUAUUUAUUAUUUUCCCCUUUUUAUAUUUCCUUUUUUUUUUUCUUCAUGUUUUAUUGUUUUUGCUAGAUUGGCUUAUUGCAUUAUUGAAUGUAGUUCUACUAAUUUUCAGGUACCAUUAAUAAACGUUCCAUUUUAACCUUCAUAAUCCUAACCAUCUGCCAAACUUCUCAGUUUGAUAUAAAGUGUUAGACAAAACCGGUUGGUAAGGUAUCAUGAAAGGAAUGGUUGAUAAUGCAUACAGCAUGGUGAAAGGAAGGUUCUGCCGUGCGCAUUACAUAUUAUGGGAAGAUGUCAGAGCCAGUAUCCCAAAUAUUUUGUAUUAGCUUCAUUGCUCUCCUUAAUCCAGUAACCCUAUGUGGCAAAUGUAUGCCACCUCAGACUGUAAAAGAACAAAUACCAUUCGUACAGUGAACUGAUCCAAUUCGGAUAAAAGGACCUUGCAGCUUGUAUAUGCUUUUGUAUGCUAACGGCACGAAUAGCCGCCAGCAUUCCAUAGAAAGUUUCACGAACAGUAACUUCUUACUCUGUUCGUGAAAUAAAAGUACCGAACAGCAGACCACACCGAAGCGGUCGUGUGUCGCUCAUUAAGGUGUUGCAACAUUGUUUCAAACGCUUGCUAAUGAGUUUCCCGGGUGGCCGUCGUUCGUAUACCAAACACGUGGCGGUGGCCAUCUUUGCUCGCUAAAAGUUCAGCGGUGUUUGGUUGUCGAGUGCCUGGAACUAAAAUCGGCUACCUGACUUCCAGACACCGCUGGACUUCCAGGCCGUUCGGGAAACUCGCUCCUUCGGCAAACUGAAGCAUUUUGUGUGUUUUCUCUUGUAAACCCUCAUUCACUUAAACUCAUGUUAUGUGUGGCGUUCAGUUAAUUCUGCAGGGAUCAGAGCGGUAAUUCGUUAGAUUUAUACACUCCGAUCCCCGCAGUCUAAUAAGAGGUCAUUCAUGUGAAUCUAUGGGAAAUUGUUGAAGUUAUGGUAUUUAAUGUAACAUUUUACCUUUUACUGUACUAGCUAUUAAUGUGAUUAAUUGUGCCUGCUGAUGUCAACAGAGUCCCAAUAGGUACACUAGGGAAUGCUGGGAAAUGACCUUGCAUGGUCAGUUUCCCACACAGUCCACUUGAUUAAAACCCCUGCUGUAACAGUUGAGAAACCCCUUGCAUGGGAUACAGUAUAAAUGUGGUGACUUUUCAGUAAAGCCCUCAGUUGACCUCCAAGCUACGUGUUGCCUAGUUCUUGGUAGAAAAGGAUUGUAAUUACGCUACCUGCAUUUUACCUACAUUUUACCUGCUUCAUCCUGUCUACCAGCGGAGAUACCGUGGAUAAUACUACUACUCCGCUACAGCCUCUCAUUUUGUUUACUAUGGAGGGACCGUCAGUCGGUAGGGACCGUUCGAGCUGUUCUCACCCACUGAAGCCUCAGAAUAAACAAUUAAUAUCAUACUUGCACAGUACCUUGUAAUUCUGCUUUCACACUUAUUAUAUAUUAAUUAAUAAUAAUACUAUCCUGACACUGUAUUUGUCUUUUUGAACAGGGAAACUUAAGAAACUGCAGAAUAACUAAAAUCGGGGCUUUAUUUACUAAACAGUGAACUGUAUUUACUUCAAAACCAAAUUGCAAUAUCUAGAUUAAAACAUGGUGAUUUGGAAACAUUUCCCAGACUUGGCUGUUUUUAGCCUGAAUUGUGGCAGAUUGGAGUUCAAUUUAGUAUGUUUAGCGAAUAAGCCCCUUGAUUUGUUUAGGGCCUGCUUACUGUAGAUGCUCUAUUACAUGAUGGUAACUGUGGAUUGCUUUACAUUUUCAGGACGUAAAGAAGUACAUUCAGCGCAGCCUGUUGGAGAAAGAAUUGCUCUACUUUGCUUAUGAAAACUUUGGAAUUGCUUUUGUAGACCCUGUGAGUAUCAGGUGGCAUACAAGGUGUAAAUUUGCUUAAAAAUGUGAUUAAUAUUGUAUAUUGUAUGAACGCUUCAUGUGCAUUGAUCAAGGUUAAUAACAUCAAUGCACGACUCACCUCACUUGUUUUAGAUGCCAUAAAGUCUGUCUUCAAAUUUACUGGUCUGAUCUCUGCAUAUACAGUCAUAUUUGGCCACCGAAAUUAUCCUACGUUGUACAAAUACUGGUGGUAAAUAUUACAAGCAAUGAUUGGGUUCAGAUAACUGCGUCUGUUCAUUACUCGUCCAUUCUGCCCUAUCUUGGCUUUUAGUUCCCUUUUUUUUUUGUCCUAAACGCCCCCAAACAUACAGACUGCAUCUAUUCUGGGGUCUUACUUGAAAAGUCAGCAGUUGGCAGUGAUUAGAAACAUGUUGCCAAUGUUUGGUUUGGGAGUACUAAAACACAUGACGACGCAGAGAAACUUUGGGAGUUAAAUAAAAGUGAGGAGAUUUUUCGUCAGAGUGAAUUUAUCACACAAGUAACAUUGUCAUGUUGUAAGAGAGCAGUGAAUUAAAUUGUGUUGAGAUUUGUUGUAUUUUCUAAAAAGAUCUUCUACCAUCUGCGAUGACUUUGUACGUCAGGGUUUUUGCUGUUGGUGGCAGACCGUAAUGACUAAAGAAUGAGUGUUAACAGAAUCUGGAAUAGUCUGUUCAUAGUUAAGAAAAAGGCAAAUGCAAAUUACAGGUUUUUAUGUAGGUGUUUUAAGAAUGAAGUAAUGAAGGAUUUGGGGGCCCAGCAGAUACGUCAUUAUGAUAAUAAAGGAAAAUCAGCCCUUCAUUUGUAAAUAGGCCAUGUUGAACCGCUCAGGGAACUUCACAGACCAGAAUAUUUAUUUAAGGUGCUGCAUGCAGUCUAUAUAUUGCAGAACAGUUACUGGUUAAAUGGGUCAUGUGGUCCGAAGUUACUGUCAGGGUUAUUCACUACAACAGAAUCCUCAGUUUUGCGGGAUUUUCACUUAAUUGCGAAUUGUUAAGGUUUUAGCAGGAUAUUGCAAAUAUUAGGCCAAGUAGCUUGACAUUGAAAGUUUUCUCUAAUUUCUCUAAUUUGACUAGUUUGCCUUAAAACAUGCAACUUCCUAGUGAAUUUCCAACAAUUCAUGGUUUAGUGAUAAUACCUGUCAGGUUUAUUCAGUAAACAUUGAAUUGUAUCAAAUUAAAAAUAUAGUAAAAAGAAUUUACUGAAUUGCAACAUUUAGGUUUAAACAUCCAAAUUGUGAUUCUAGCAGAAACUAUUUCCAAAUCUGUUAUUUUUGGCCUAAAUGUUGAAGUUCAGUAAAUUCUUUUUACUAUAUUCACUUUGCACUUAUUCUGAAUUAUCAAUAUUUAUUAAUGUCUUGAUUUUGCAAUACAGCCUCCAAUUUACCUUAAAAGAACACUAUAGGGUCAGGAACACAAACAUGUUUGUUAAAACCACCAUCCAGCUCCCCAGGCCUCCCUAAAUAAAGUAAAAUCUUACUUGUAUUCAAGUCUGCAGCUACUGUCUCUGACCUGCCUGCUGUCUGCUGACAUCAUCAGAAGUGGUGGUCUGAGACAAUCACAAUGCUUUCCCAUAGGAUUGGCUAAGACUGUCAAGGAGGCAGAUCAGGAGCAGAGCGAGCACAAGUCAAACACAGCCCUGAGCAAUCAGCAUCUCCUCAUAGAGAUUAACUGAAUCAAUGCAUUUGUGAGGAAAACUCAGUGUCUCCAUGCAGAGGGUGGAGACGCUAAAUGACAGUGCUGCACACUGCAGUACUGCCCCAGUAAGCACCUCUAGUAGCCAUAUAAGAAGUGGCCAGUGGGGGUGCGGAGCUUAGCAGCCGAGCCGAACAGACGCGUGCCGAGAGCGCUCCCACGGUGUCAGCCACAAAAACAGAGCGAACCCCAACAUGCACUCCAUGCAGUGGGGGAGUAAACAGACGACUCUGGGGACACCUUACUCAACGCCACUGGAUGCGGGAAGCCGGCACCACAACAUGCGGCCUAAAGGCAUGGAAGAUGGGGAGAGACGGGCUCCUACCCCUCUCCCCCGCCCGGAUCAGUGAGGGUUAUCCCAAUCCCCAAAGAGGUGCAGACUUACUCAUGUGCUCUGGAACCGGCAGAAACAGUGGAGCUGCCUACUCUCAAACAGCACGGCAAUAUGGCUGCCGCUGGAGAGCCUACUGCCACUCCUGCGUCCAAUCUAUGGGACACAAUGGAGGAACGGAUAUCCCAGGCCUUUGAGACUGUGAGUACAACUCUGGCACAGGAUCAAGCGACAUGCAGUACGAUCAGAAGACACGCUAGCAUUUCAACAGGAUCUUGCCUAUAUCGACACCAAGCAUAUGCCUUCUGAACACCGCGCUAACGCUACAUUGAAAAGGGCGGAAAGGAGGCUGGUGCCCCGACAGACACAGCGGCGACGGAGGCUUGGCCCUGGCUUGGACUGCUACCUUCCCAGGCCGCGGUUCAAUGGAGGACGCCUCACCAAGCGCAACCCACACCCUCAGAAGAUCACUACUGACCGCAAGAGAAAACACCUUGGUAUGGUGCUAAGGACUAAUUUGAAACCUGGGGACGGCGGGAUUCGGCUAUGCAGGUCUUGUGCCAUUGUUACUACAGGGGCAGUGUCCACUAUAUGAGCGGAAUUGGCUGACUGUUAUGCUUAGUUUUGUUGCCUUAGGGGCCACUGCGCUCAACCUCCUCGUGGACAGUCUCCAACAACUCUUUCCCCCGUUUUCCUACACUGUCCCUCAGAUGAUGUUGGUGUCCAGUGACACCACUUGUAUUUUCGUUAAAGUUAAUUACUUACGCUCUGCCUAAUUAUUGUUUAUGUCUUUCCUUUUUUAGCGUAGCCUUAUCAGUUUUUUUCAGUUGGUAAUUUCCUACAUACUCACACACAUACAGAAUGGUGCCUCGCCUAUUACAGCCGUCUGCAUAAUACUCUGGACAUGCACACAGUACGUUUGCCCAAACAUCCUCUACUUUUAGUAGACACGCACACACAGUCUUCUGUUUCAAGUUGCUUAGAUUAAUGUCUCGGGCUAACUGAUACCAGCAUGUUUUCAAAUAUGACUUUUUUUUUUCUCGACUAAUCUCCAGGUUAUUAUAUAAAAACAAAAUAUGUGCAUUGUAGAACCAUGUUAUGCCUUACCAAUUAACUGAUAAUUGUUCAACCUUGAGUAUAUGCUGUUGGGGCAUUACAAACUCAUUUGUAACUGCUUGUUAUUUGCACGCAAAAAUAAAGAAUAUAAAAAAUAAGAAGUGGCCAAUGGAGUUAUCCCUACACUGUAAUUUAAACACUACAUUUUCUCUGAAAAGACAGUGUUUAGUCCAAAAAGCAUGAAGGGAAUGAUUCUACUCACCAGAACAAAUGCAAUAAGCAGUAGUUGUUCUGUUGACUAUAGUGUCCCUUUAAAUAUAGACUGGAUUUCAAAAUAUCCGGAUGCGCAGGAACGACUGAAAUAUGGUACCCAGUGGUGGAAAUUGAGUUGAGUUGAAUUUGCAAGCAGGUGCUUUAUGUAUACCAUUAGAUUAACUGUAACUGGCAGCAUUUUGAUAUCUACAUUCUGGAGAGAAAGGGUCAGUUCCAGAGGGUCCCUAUACAUUUCAAAAAAUAAAAUGUAAUUAUUUAGUUUUUCAUGUAUAUAAAGUUUAUUUAAUGUAUUAUUUUAACCAUUUUCCUGCUGCCCACAUUGCAACUUGGCAAAUAUUGUCAAUAUACUGCAUUAGCCUAUAGUAAAUAUAUGAUUUGCAAAUUUGUCAGUAAUUUAGCUAUUUUAACUGGAUUUUGCUAAUACGGAUUGUAUUUAUACUUUUGUGAAUUUCCCUGGUAGUUCAUUAAUUAUAAUAAUGUGAGGUCUACAGAGAUUUGCACAGAUCAACUAUCCAUUAUUGUUCUAACUUGCUAAAUGUCUGUUGAUCCAAAACAUUCCGCAGCUCUGUUCUUGAGACACAAAUGCUAAAAAGUAUAUACUUUAUUGUUUUCAAGGAUGCCUGGACUCCUGAAAAUAUAAUGCCAAAAAGACUACGAGAAAAACAAAAGUAAGAAACUUGUGUUGCUCCAUUUUUUUUUUUUAGAACUGCUAAGUAUAACUCAAAAUAAAUAGGCCAAUCAAAAUUAAUUGAAACCGUUUUUUUUUUUUUUUUUUAUCUUGCAAUUGUUCAGGGUAGAGCGUGAGACAGCAGCUAGAAUAUCUGAAGAAAUUGGGAAUUUAAUGAAAGAAAUUGAGACUUUAGUGGAAGAGAAAAAUAAAGAAACUUUGGAGCUUGCAAAAUCGACAAUACGAGAAGGUGAGGGCCUUUUUUCCCUACAUUUCUCGUAAUUUUUCUGCCUGUUUUGUAUUUUAAUCUCUUCCGUUUCCUUUUGGGGAAAGUUUGCCAGAUAUUGAGGUAGACAAGGAAUUGGUUCACUGAACUUGGAAUUAAAGAUACGGGGUUGCCGUAUCUCUCGUGCAGAGGGAACUUGCUGGCAUUUCGGAUCUGGACUGCCUGUACGGGUGGGACCAGUCUGAUAUGCUUCAGAUAUGUUCUCUCUGUGAUGUCACAAGUUGAGCUAAAACCAGCUUGAGUUCUGAGCGGGGACCCACCAAAGGGCAGGCUCAUUGAGCUGUUGCCUGUUCUCACCUCCCUUGCUACCUAUUUGUCUCUCCUGUAGAGAUCUAAAUGCAAAUUAUAGUCCAAAAUUUAAAAAUUAAGCAUCAAGAGCAUCUUUAAAAUAAACUUACUGAUUUUUUUUUUUUUUUCUGUAAUAAAUAAUUAAAAUACUAAAUAAAAGAUUUGGAAAUUCAUGCUUUUGCUGCAAAUUUAAAGGAUUUGCAGCUGUUAGUGAGCUCUGCAAACGUUUGAGCUGAUCCUGGUACUUCUGUUAUGUUCAUUAGGAGAAAAGAGUAUGCCAUAAACCCAUGCCUAGGAGAGGGAUAAUAGAUGGGUAUUCAGAACUGGGAGCUUCCUCAUUCAUGAAAAGGCAUCAAUGAAAAUAAUGGCUCAUUUUUUUUUUUUUUUUUAUCAUCUGUGGAGCUACAGAUAAAACCAUAAAUGUCUGUUGAUCCAAAACAUUCCAUCAUAGAUCUCUGUGAAGAAUCUAUGCACAUUCCAUAGAUGCUCGUAUGGUGUGUCUGAGUGUAGGGUGGACUUAACAUUACACCAGGUUUUCAAAGGUUAUUGGGGUAGGAGAUCACAUAGUAUCACAAAUUGCAAGAUACCUGGAGUAUCCCUUUAAAAGAGACAUGAUGGAUUUUAGCUUACAUUUAAGUAUUAUCAAAGGUGUCUCUCGUGAACCAAAUCCUCAAUAAAGAACCAUCAAAGCUAUCUCUGAUAAUACAUUGUGUAAACUAGGGAAUCAAAUGGGACAUCUACUGCACAUGCAUGAUGUAAUAAGAACACAUAAUGUACACCUCCACUGUUUUCCCUUUGGAAUCUACAGGCUUACCCCAAUUUUUCUAAAUUUUAAUUCUAAGAAUUGUAGUGCCUGAAAUGAUCCUUUAAAAUACAUACAUUUUUUUCCCCCUUUAUCAGUAGUUACUUUUCAUUUGAUCAAUUAUUUGCAUACUUGACAUCGUAGUCUAAAUCUUCAGAAAAAGAUGGAGAAUUCUUAAUCUUAUCUGAGAAUACCUUUAUUUUUUUUUUAUUUAUUUUUUUCUCCUUCCCUCUGAUUGUGAAAUGAAUAUCUUCUUUUGUAGGUGGUUCAGUUUUGUUUGAUGGGAUCAGUGUGGCCAUGAACUCAAAGACUCUGAAUGGGUCUCAGAGAGUAGUGACAGACGGGGUAAUCUCUGAAGAAGAAUGUCGAGAUCUUUUAAGACUAUCCAACGUAAGUGCAUAAUACGUGAAUAUGUGCUGUGCAGAUACUUUUCCAAUAUGUGUAAAAGCAGUGAUAAGUUAACAACUUUAGAUCACUGUAUGGUCUGGUAAUAUAUUUGAUACAAGGUCUGUGCAUACAUUGCCCAAUGUUGGUUCCAGUGAAACUAAUGCUGUUCAUUAGUUCAGCUGCAGCACAGUCAACCCUUAAUAGACACUCUAAGCAACUUAAAGGGACACUAUAGUCACCCAGACCACUUCAGCUCAAUUAAGUGGUCUGGGUGCAAUGUCCCUCAGGUUUUAACCCUUCAGAUGCAAACAUAGCAGUUUCAGACAGCCACUAGAGACGCAUAUGCGACGCUGGAGGCAUAUUAUGCCUCCAUCGUGCAGAGCUUCUAUAGGAAAGCAUUGAAAAAUGCUUUCCUAUUGACGGCUUGAAUGCGUGCGCAGCACUUGCCACGCAUGCACAUUUGGCUCCGCUGACGUCAGCUGGGAGGAGAGUACUGGAAUAAGGUAAGCUGCUGAAGGGGUUUUAACCCCUUCAGCGCCAUGGGAGGGGGACCCUGAGGGUAGUUUUCCUGACACUAUAGUGAUCCUCUAACCCCUUAAGGACACAUGACGUGUGGCAUGUCAUGAUUCCCUUUUAUUCCAGAAGUUUGGUCCUUAAGGGGUUAAACAUGUCAGCUUGCUUUAGUGGUUAUGCUGCCUAGUGUGUCUUUGCACUGUCCUUUGGUUUCAUUAAAAAAAUAAAAAUAAGGAAAGUUUGAAUGUAAUCAGGGGUGUUCCCAGGGCCUGCUCCUAAGUCUGCUGAAUUAAUAAUAAUACAAUGGAAUAUACACUUUUUGCACUAUCAAUGUUCAUUUUGUACUGGGACAUGUUAGUGGCAUUGUAAUUAUAUUUGAUGAUUAUCAAUGCGAUCAAGAUGGGUGGGUGGUCCCUGGUUGUUGAAAAGAGCGCCAGUUUACAUCAAAACAUUCCCAAAGCAGCUUGAUAUUAAACCAAGGGAAGGCUCCAAGGUUGUCUAGCAACCACUACAAGUUUAACAAGGUCUCAUCAUUUUACCAUUUGGGUAUUUUACGCAUAUACAGAGUAAAUAAUUGAAACUGGCAUCCACAGCCCGCACAACCCAACUUGAACUCCAACUGAAUAAAAGAGAUAGGUAUGUAAAGACUCCAGUUUAAUUAACAAAUCCCUAGGUCAGAAGUGGCCAAAUGUAGAUAUCCAGUUGUUGUAGAACUAUGAUUUCCACGAUGGUUGGCCAGCAAUUUACUCAUAUAGAGGGAGUCAAAAUGUCAUAAGUUUUGGUGAUCAGAGUGAAUGAUGCUGUUUUGGACUGAUUAGCAUUUUCCUGUUCUUUGUGUCUCAGGCUGCUUCAUCUGCUGGUGAUGGCUACCGAGGUACGACGUCUCCUCACACUCCCAAUGAAAAGUUUUAUGGAGUAACAGUAUUGAAAGCCCUCAAGGUACAUUAAGUGUAUUCUGCUAUAACUGUCUGGAAUUGUAAAUGUCAGCAAGGGAAUUGCAAGGUUAAGGCAUAUAACUGGGAAAAAAAAAAAACUGAUUUGGAAAAUAUUUUUAGCUUGGCAUUGUCACUUUUCUACAAUUCUCACUUUAGUGCUUUUAGUAGUGGAUUAUAAAAAAGAAUUGAUGCCAUAUACUUCCCAAAUCAGCAGCGAAUUUAAUUCAAACUAGACAUGGAGUUAAAUAAAUUCCAGGACAAUUUUUUUAUAUUUUUUGUUGGCCCCUUUGCACAAUAAUCCGUUUUAAACAAUUCAGAUGAUAAAGUAUGUUUUAAAACUGCAGGAUGUUGCCAAGGGAAUCUAAAGAAUUGUGAGAGUGGAAUUCAGAAAAAAGUGGCAAUAAUAUACACUGAUCAGCCACAACGUUAAAACCACUGACAAAUUAAGUGAAUAACACUGAUGAUAUUGUUACAAUGGUACCUGUAAAAGGGUGGAAUAUAUUGGGCAGCAAGUGAGCAGUCAGUUCUUGAAAUUCAUGUGUUGGAAGCAGAAAAAAAAUGGGCAAGCGAAAAGAUCUGAGUUAUUUUGAUAAAGGCCAAAUAGUGAUGGAUAAAUAACUGGCUCAGAGCAUUUCAAAAAUGACAAGUCUUGUGGGGUGUUCCUGGUAUGCAGUGGUUAGUAUCUACCAAAAGGAAUGGUAAAAAAAGUAAUGGGCGCCCAGGCUCAUUUCUGCAUGUGGGGAUUGAAGGCUAGCUGAUCUGGGCUGAUCACGCAGAAGAACUACUGUAACACUCAGGUGGAUGGCUGGGUGGAUGUGUGCCGUUUAAGUGGGGAAAAGACGGAGGCAAGAUGCAAUAUGGGAAGAUGAUAGGUCAGCAGAAACAGUAUUAUGCUCUGGACAAUGUUUUUGGCAGUGGCAUCUUUCAAAAGGAUAAUGCAUCCUGCCACACUGCAAAUAUUGUUCAGGAAUGGUUUGAGGAACAUGACAAAGCGUUCAAGGUGUUGCAUGGGCCUCAUUCCCCAGAUCUCAAUCCGAUUUAAACAUUUGCGGAAUGUACUAUAACAAAUCUGAUCCAUGGGGGCCCCAACUCGGAACUUUCAGGACGUAAAGGAUCUGCUGCUAAUGUCUUGGUGCCAGAUACAACAAGACACAUUCAGAGGUCUUGUGGAGACUCAUCCGAGCAGUUUUGGCAGUAUGAGUGGGAACUACACAAUAUUAGGCAGGUGGUUUUAAUAUUGUUGGUGAUCAUUGUAUCUAUUUACUUGCAUAUAUUGCAUUGUGGAAGUGUUGUAAAACAUUAUCUUUCAGAAUUGCUCUAUCUGUGUUUUAGAAAAUUCCCACAGUAUGCAAAUGUUGCAUAGAUGUAUAUUUGACAAUUUAUGUUAAUGUGUGCAUUGUUGGUUUCUUUCUGAUUGCACCAUAAGUUGAAUAUUUUAAAUGAUUUUAAUGAAUGUAAAAAUUCACAUAAAUUCAACCUUUAUCCUUCCAACUGCAAUUCUUUUCCUUCAUCUGCAAAAUUAUCAUAGAUAAUGCCACUCUAGUGAUUGCCAUCUUGUCAGUAUGAUUACAUAGCUUGUCACAUUUGGUUCAUUAAAGGACCACUAUAGUGCCAGGAAAACAUACUCGUUUUCCUGGCACUAUAGUGCCCUGAGGGUGCCCCCACCCUCAGGGACCCCCUCCCGUCGGGCUCUGGGGAGAGGAAGGGGUUAAAAUCUUACCUUUCUCCAGCGCCGGGCGGGGAGCUUUCCUCUUCUUCUCCUUCUUCCUAACGACAUCAUCGGCUGAAUGCGCAUGCGCUGCAGGAGCCGCGCGCGCAUUCAGCCAGUCUCAUAGGACGCUGGCGUCUUCUCACUGUGAUUUUCACAGUGAGAAGCACGCAAGCGCCUCUAGCGGCUGUCAAUGAGACAGCCACUAGAGGCUUUAGAGGCUGGAUUAACACUCAGUGUAAACAUAGCAGUUUCUCUGAAACUGCUAUGUUUAUUAAAAAAAAGGUUACCUCUAGCUGGACCAGGCACCCAGACCACUUCAUUAAGCUGAAGUGGUCUGGGUGCCUAUAGUGGUUCUUUAAGCGGUGUGUUGCUGUGUACGAGAGUAAUAAUUUCAUCUCUGAUUUUGGGUUUCAGCUGGGGCAAGAACAGAAAGUCCCUUUAAAGAGUGCGUACCUCUACUAUAAUGUUACUGAUAAAGUGAGGCAGGUGGUGGAAUCAUACUUUCGCUUGGACACCCCUCUUUACUUCUCCUACUCCCAUUUAGUCUGCCGAAGUGCCAUUGAAGGUAAGAGUGAAAAUACAGUCUGUGGUAAUGUUUGGGGCUUCAUUUUUGGUGAAGUGUUGGCUGUUUAGUUCUAGUCAGGGUGUUCAUACUUUAAGUUAAGAAAAAAAAGAAUUUACAGUUGUGCUCAAAUGUUUGCAUACCCUGGCAGAAAUUGUAAAAUUUUGGCAUUGAUUUAAAAAAAAUAUGACUGAUAAUGCAAAAAACAAAUAUUUUAUUGAAAGAUAGUGAUAAUCAUAGUUGUUUGGCUCCUUUUUAAAUCAUAAUGAUAACAGAAAUCACCCAAAUGGCCUGAUCUGAUCAAAAGUGUACAUACUAAAGGCACAGGAAAUCAAUUUGCAAUCUUCCGCACAAAGGCUGCGCAUGGGGCACUCUUGGACUUUUCAGCAUGAUAAUGACCCUAAGCACAAGGCAAAGUUGACCCUCCAGUGUUACAGCAGAAAAAUGUGAAUGUUCUGGAGUGACCAUCACAGUCUCCUGACCUUGAUAUCAUUGAGCCACUCUGGUCAUCUUGCAUAAACAGCACAUUUGAGAUCUUACCAAAGACUUUGCAUGACCUGGAGGCAUUUUGCCAAGAUUAAUGGGCAGCUAAACCACCUCCAAGAAUUAGGGGCCCCAUAGACAACUAUUCCAAAACUCUGCACGUGUCAUCGAUGGUAAAAUGGGCAAUACACAUACUAAGGGUAUGCAGACUUUUAAACAGGGGCCAUUUCAUUUUAUUCUUUGUUGCCUUGUUUUGUUUUAUGAGUGUGCCAUUCUGUUAAAACCUACAGUUGAAUAUGAAUCCCAUAAGAAAUAAAGAAAUGUUUUGCCUGCUCACUAAUGUUUUCUUUAAAAAUGGUACAUAUAUUACCAAUUCUCCAAGGGUAUGAGCACAACUGUGGGCUAGUGGAUAGGUGAGUGCGCUGGAUCUUGUGUAUUGUAUUAUUUGGCCCCCAGCAGCACCCCCAUUUAUGCAUGUUAAGGUGAGUGCAGCCAACCCCCUCUUGUUUUAUAUAUAUUUGGGAGUCUAGCCAACUCCUUGGUUUUGCACCCCUCCCUGUCACAGGUGCCUCAUCCCAGGGCCCUAUUUAGCCUUGUACUGCAGAGAGCCCCAGAUGGAAUUUUUUCCCCAAGUAGGUUAAUCUCAUAAGAGCAGACAUUAGGCUGUUAGUGUAGGACCUGCCAAAGAUGGGGUACAUUGACGUUGUGGCAGGCUUAUGCAAUGUAUGAUCAUAUAAUGUAACUAAACCCCCAUUAUUUUUGCCUAGAUUAGGUGUUUUAAAAAAAACAAAUAAAAUCUUUCAAUUUUGAAGUUGCUGUUUAGUGGAUAGGUGAGUGCGCUGGAUCUUGUGUAUUGUAUUAUUUGGCCCCCAGCAGCACCCCCAUUUAUGCAUGUUAAGGUGAGUGCAGCCAACCCCCUCUUGUUUUAUAUAUAUACGCGGCUUGUGCUUUAGGGUGCACACCCUUAUGCAAUAGGCUGCGCACGCCUAUGGAUAUAAAUAUAUAUAAAAUCUAUUGUAUUUGAAUAAUCGUCUGUCUAUCGCUCCAUCCUUGAGACUUUGUAGGGAUUUGGAAUCGUUACUAUGUUGGGGCUGUCUUGAGGAUAGUGCCUGGUGGUGAAUGGUUUGUAUGUUUUUACUGAUAAAGAGGAAAAUGUUUAUAAUAAUAAAUGCCAAUGCAUUUGUAUCCUAUUAAUGAUGUAAUCCACAUAGGCUAAUAAUUUUAAUGUUUUUGUGUUUUUUCAUUCUUAGCAAAACAAAAUGAAAGAAAUGACUUAAGUCACCCUGUUCAUGUUGACAACUGCAUUUUAAAUUCUGAGGAGAUGGUUUGCCUAAAGGAGCAUCCGGCUUACACAUUCCGUGAUUACAGGUAAAUUUAAAAACAAAUGCACAACAUUUGAUUGGAGUUUUAUGGCGUCAAUUAACAGAUUUGUGAUUAAUGAAGAACAAGUGUAGGAAACCGAACUCUAUGCCUCUAUUGUUCAUCACCUUUCAUUUGCCAUCUUUGCUUAAUGAUUUGGAGUGUGUUUAAGGUCAGGAUACAUUCGCACCGAAGCUCAAUGUCUUUUGCUCCCACUGGUAUAUAUUGUAAUGUUGACUAAUGGUGCCAAGAUAUGUUUCAGUGCUCUAUAGCUAGAGCGGAUACAGGGUUUACAAAAGACAUUUCACCAACAGGGAAACUACAGACUGAUAUUUUUUUUUUAUUAUUAUUAUUUAUUUUAUUUUUUUACACACUUGCAUGCAAACCUCAUACACCAUCACCAACUUUCCUUUUCAGUUAAUUUAAGAGCUACUUUGACUUUGCAGAAGAAAUAACCCGGAGGGGACAGUAGCAGUGCUUCACCCACUUACAUCCUUCUGCUGUACGAAACAUUCCGUUGACACGUAGCCACAUGUUCCAUGACAAUAAAUAUGAUCAUUCUGCACAAUGAAUCCAGCAAUCUAAACUGCAAUCAGAACUUAAUAUUUAGUAGACUUGUGCGCAAAUCCCAUUUAGCUGUGCUGAACAAAUCAAAUUCCUGUACUCUCUAUGGAUGAACAAAUCGAUUUGUUCGACCAUAGAUUGACCGGCAUUGAUUCAUUCGGUGCAGCUAAAAGGGAUUUGUGCACAAGUCUAAUAUUUAGUUUCUCACAAUAUUUACUUAUUUACUCCAAACAUUGUGCAUUUACCACUGGUUUAGGUUUAAAUUACUGCGAAGAUGUUUGUAUUGUUUUGUUUUGCAUUUUUUUAAGUCACAGUUGUGUAUCACUUAGCACUUUCAUUUUUUUUUUCUUUUAGCGCUAUAUUAUAUUUAAAUGGGGAUUUUGAAGGUGGAAAUUUUUAUUUUACAGAACUUGAUGCAAAAACAGUGACAGUAAGUACCAUUCCUGUUAAUAUCCUUUGCACUGAAUAGAACCUGACAAAUACUUGUAAUAACUUACUGUCAAUUUGGUUAGUCAGAAAUUAGGUUAGAGAUGAUUUUGUACAUUGGCAAAGCUCUCUGAUGCACACUUUGGUGAUUAUUCACUAAAUUGAAAAAUGUAGAGAACUGACAAGGAAGUUUUAGUCAAGCCAUACUUAAAGCGGCACUGUUACCAUCUGGGGACUUUGCAGAAUUCAGGAAGACCCCUGAUUGUGACAUUGCCACGGGGGAUCCGGUGGAGAUGUACAGGUAAAGCUGAGUUCUAAUUUUCUGGAUCUGUCUCUGGGGGCAUAGUAACCGUCCUCCGACAGGUCCUUUUCAGCGCUUGGAGCCGAUUUCACUGCUGUAACCUCGUUUUAAAACCGAAUUAUUCUGAUUCGACUGUUUUGGCCUAAAAUAUUCCUUUCCCUUGUUAGUUCUCCACAAUCCUUUCUUCAGCGAAUAAUCCUUCCUAUAUCUUCUAGGAUUAGAAUUAGAGAAGUGUUUUCUUUUUUGGUGCUCACAAAAAAAAAUUAAUGGAAAUAUUCAAUGGGAGAAAAACAAACCAAAAGAAAAUUGUCUGAACAUAAAUGGAUUUGGUUUGUUAGUGUAUAAUAAAAUAGGUUUUUGUAAACACAUUGUGUUUUGUUUAAGACUUGUUUUUUCUAGGCUCGUUAACGUUUUAUGAAAUAAAUAAAAUUACAUCUGAUUACUGUUUUUAUAAGGCAAACCUUUCUAAUUCGCUACAACAUGAUGCAUAUUUUCAAUGACCGAAAGUAUAAGAUCUUGAGGUAAUUACCUGAGUGGAUUACAAGCAGGGCCGGACUGGGAAGAAAAUUCGGCCCGGGCUUUUUUUUAUUACAGCAGCCCACUUAAAAGGGUGCGGGGCCAGAUAAGGGUGUGUUUUGUCAUCACCAAUGACAAGCACGCCCCAUCACAAAGUGAGAAUGUCGGUUCAAUGCUCUUCCAGGGUAGGUCAUGUGCAGAGCUCUGGCGUGAGAAAAAGACCCUGUAUUUGUUUUGCACAGCACAAGCAAAUUCAAUAACAUGCUUGCACUGUGUUUGCUUGAAAUUUGUCUCUGGUGCCUCCAUAUUUGGGAUAUCAGGAGACAAAAAUGCUAGGAAAGCAUAUUGUGCAGUGUGUGUGAGGGUGCUGUGUGUGUGUGCUAUGUGUGAGUGGGUGCUGUGUUUUGCGUGAGGGUGCUAUGUGUGUGUGAGGAAGCUGUGUGUGCCAGGGGUGCAGUGUGUGUGUGUGUAUGUGUGUGCUAGUGAGGGUGCUGUGAGUGUCAGGGGUGCAGUGUGUGUGUGAGUGUCGGGGGUGCAGAGUAUGUGUGUGUGGGUGCUGUAAGUGUUAGGGGUGCAGUGUGUGUGUGUGUGUGCUGUGAAUGUCAGGGGUGCAGUGAGUGUGUGAGUGAGGGUGCUGUGAGUGUUAGGGGUGUCUGUGAGGCUGAUGUGACUUGGGUGAUUAUAUCCCCCCUCGCUGCUUACCUUAUGCCUGGGAGGGGGGAUCCUGCUACUCCUGCCGCCAUCCAUCCCUGGUGGUCCUAGUGGCGAGUGAACUCUAGCCUGUGAAGCCAGAGUUCACUCUCGCGAGACCCGGAGCGUUGCCAUGGCAACGCUCCGAAUCUCUCGAGAGGAACCUGGCGGAGCUGUAAGUUAGAGCUCCGCCGGGUUCCUCUCCUGGCUCCCUCCCUCUCUCUCACCGCCCUCUCUCUCACCGCCUCUCUCAUCACUCGGAUAGUGCCGGCCCUGCAAAGACCGGCAGGGGAGAUCCUGUGAUCUCCCUGCCGGCCUCGGCCCACGGCCCACCAGGCAUUUGCCCCGUGUGCCCGAUGGCCAGUCCGGGCUUGAUUACAAGAGAUGGCCUACAGAGAAUGUGGUAUUUCUGUCUGAUAAUAAAGAGUGUUGAGUCUCACAAAAGAGAGAAAAUUUACACUCUCUGAUAUACACUUUGUUUACUAUUAAAAAUCACAUGCAAGUCUUUACAGAGACACCUUAAAUUAAAUACUCUGCUUUUAAUGUUUUAGCUUCUACAGAGACCAGAAAGUGCCUACUGAACUUUAUCAACCAAUUCUGUUUCUGACAUUAUACAUGCAUCCCAACAGUCCUACUUUUGGCGAGAAAGUCCCAAUUUUAGGGUCUUGUCUCACCAUCCCAAUUCAGUUCCCUGAUGUCCUGCUUUGGGGGGCACCAGGGAACUGUAUGCAGGCACCACCAGAUCCACUUAUUACGGGCAUGGCCUCUUGAGGUGUGUCAUGUCGCUGUCAACACACCCUCAGGACACUGCCCACUCCAUUCUUGAUUCCGUACCUUCCAUUUUUGGGAGGUAUGCAUUUAUUUAUGGCUGUGUUGCACAUAUCACAUAAACCACUGCACAGCAAGUGUUCAGCUGUUGUGGUAAUAUUUCAGUCAAGAAAAAUAAAAAUGAAACUUACUAGCAAGUUAAUUUAACAAAAUUAAUGUUACCUUGCUAAGUAGCUUCAUUCCGGUACAACACCUUGUAUGCAUCAGUGGAGAGCCAUAGCUUCCAUUUUGACAUCACAGAUUUGAGAGGGGGUCAUGUGUCUGCAGCAAUUAGAGCAAAUCGCCGUGGAACUAAAAUUGAAAGGAAAAAUAGAAUAUUUUAAAAAGUGUUUAAAAAGAAAAAUAAAUCCCUCCCACUGAAAAAUAUAAAAGACCAAUGCCUGCUUAUCAAGAGUCAUUAUUAUUAUUAUUAGCAAGAUUAUUUAAGUUUGUGUUAUGUUUUACGGUUUGUCAAUGUUUUUUGUUGUUUUUACUAGGCAGAAGUGCGACCACAGUGUGGGCGAAUGGUUGGAUUUUCUUCUGGAGCAGAGAACCCUCAUGGAGUAAGAGCGGUAACCAGAGGUCAGAGAUGUGCUGUUGCCCUAUGGUUCACGCUUGAUCCACGACACAAUGAGAGAGUAAGUUUUUAUAGUUAUCGAUUUUAGCCCAGUAAUUAAAGGAACACUCCAGUGCAACUUUUUUUGCAAUCUAAUGAAAUCCUGCAUAGGGAUAUAUCUAAAAACUGCUUGCAAAAACUGCAGAUCUGCUGUCUGCAGCCUUUGCAGAAAGUCUGUACCAGGGAAAUGACCAAUAAGAGGCUUUUCGCUGGAAAGCCUCUGAUUUUCAGAGGUGAGUGCAUGUGCUCACGGCUUUCAGCCCAAAUUCUCCAGGCUGAAAACCAGGGAGUCCACAGACAGGGCUAAAGUGGCUCUAUGAGCACACUUUUACCUAAAGAGAUAAAGCUCUGUGGAGCAAACAGAAGAAAACCUACCCAUCUGAUCGCUAACAAGGGGUUUCAGAUAUCCGUUCUGCAAGUGCAGAUUUUCAAUAGAAAUAAUAGGGUGAUCUGACCAUUUGAGAGUACAGCUGUUGAAUGCGACUAGUUACUACUAGAUAAUUACUAGUUAAAGAACUGCAAGCAAUGUUUGUUUUAAUUGAUGUUAAAUUGCAUUAAUUCCAGGAACGAGUGCAAGCAGAUGACUUGGUUAAAAUGCUCUUCCAUACCGAAGAUGUGUUUUCAGAUAAUGGACAAGAGAAGACAUCCAAGGCCAUUUCUUCUGAAGCUAACACCUCCGAGCAGACUGCCGCAGUGUCUCCUGAUGCCAUACCUCGGGAUGCACAAGAGUCCAAUGUGUUGCAGGAUUCCGAUAGUCCUGUUGAAAUGUUAGGACCUCCAUUGGACUCUGCAAAAACAAAAACAGAAUUAUAACAUUAACACGGACCUUAUUUGUGUUCUGCAUGCGACCCGCAGACUUUUGCCUUAAGAAUAUCUGUGAAUCAGGGAAAACUUGUUUCCACCAAGAGAGAAAACAGAGAUUGAUAUUUUUGAGAUUGUUUUCAAUUUUUUUCCUUUUUUUUUUUUUCCAACUUCACAAAACAAAAUGUUUCCUAAAACAGAUACCUCUCCACGCCACUUGUUGUAUGUACGGAGCCAAGGCAUUGAACGCCAAUGAAAACAUUACAUGGGUGCUAUGUACUGUAACUGUGUGCAUUGUGCAGUAGUUUUGUUGUAGACAAAAGUAUCAGUUGUUGUUGGGGUCAGAAGACCGGUCCUUACCAAUUCAUGUAAAUGAAGCCAGUGCAAAAUUGGAAAUGAUAAAAUGAUUUUUUUUUUUUAAUGCAGUGUUCACUUUCACAAGAAUUCAUUCGUUUUAAGAAAAGUGGUAUUUUCUGGGAGCAUUGUGUCCACUUUUCGCAACUUCAUUCUACUCUGGAGCAAAGACGCCUAAAUCUCAAGCUAUUAUUUUCUUUCUUCCGUAUUCAGGUCAUGGAAUUUGGACUAAUAAUAAACUUUCAAAAAGAAAUUAAUUUUAUUUAACAUUUCUUAAAAAACAUUUCUCAAUUUCGUAAAAAUAAAAUAUGUUUGUGCUCUUUAAUCACUCCAUUCAGUUUAUUAGAUUGAAAAGUAAAAUAAAUUGGGUCACCAACGACCAACUGGUUAGCACAACAUUUCUUCAGUUAAGAAUUCCAGAGGUUUAUAAUUUUUGUAAUUUUUAUAAUCGUAUCUGAUGCAACAGUAUGUGAUGCCAGUUAAUCCAUAUCCAGUUUUGUGAAUUUAAUUGUUUCAGUAUUGGUCUGUACUCACAAUAGCUGAUUUUCCCAAUUAUUUUGAACUACAUCAAACAAGUUUUAUUGUCAGCCUUUAAGUUGACAAAUUUAUUCCUCAUAAAGCCGUCUUCAAAAGCAAUUUCAGAUAAUAUUCGCACUCGUGAAAAAGAUCAAAUAAAAAGUUCCUGCAUUAUUUCUAUUUUAAAAAAUGUAAAAUUUGUUCAUGGCAGCACAAAAAUGUACAAAAUAUGAGGCAAAAAAACAAAAGGGGAGAGGCCUACAGAAAGAGAAAACAAGAUGUGUUUUGCAUCUUCUAAGUAAUUUUCUCUAAUCUUUCGUUGUUAACACAUUUAUUUAAUUGUUUUGUUGUUGUGCCAGUGGGAUUCUAGAUAUAAACUAGCUUGAUAACUUUACAUAGGGAUCUACCUGAAGAUAAAUUGGUUUUAAUGAGAUGCAGCAUUGUUCUUAAAAUAAAAUACAUAAAAUCCAGUUGACAGUCUUUGGUAUCCAUUUACAGUAGUGCAAUAUUUCCCAGUCCCAGACGUCAAGGCGCACAAGCAGUCCAAAAUUAUGGCAUUAUCCCAGUUUUGCUCCAGAUGUGAUGCGGAGUACCUGAACCCUAUGAUAUGCCUUGAGGACUAGGUUGAGACCCCUCCAGUAGUACAUGUGCAAACAUAAAGUCACAUUAUUGAUAGUAUAACAAAAUAAAAAUGAUCAAGGUUUGGAAGGUGCAAGGUAAAAAGGAGUUGAAGUUCAGGUAAGGUAAGGCAAUAGGCUGCCGUUUCAUUCCUGUGAAAACUGGUCUGGUUUAAAUCUGUUUUGUAUCUGUAAUAACCACUUCUUCUCUGAUUUUCCCCUGCUUAUUUCUGCCAUGUCUUUGUGAACAUAUUUGCAAGGCCCAAGACCAUAAAUCUGAAAUAGGCUGUAGAGACUGCUUCUGUUACAAUGCCAGGUGGCUAAGAACCUUUGUUCUUUCCAAUAAUCUCACCCGGCAAAGUAAUGUUUUCCAUAAGGGAACAGUGCUACUUGUCCAUGAUUACUUAUCCAGGACAUGACAACUUCCACGAGCCAGAAAGCAAUGGCUUUGAAUGAUAAUUCUGCUGGUGCUAUGAGAUUUGUGUGCUAUUUUGAAUUCUACGGAUGUGCUUUGUUCCUGGACUCCUAAAAAAAAAAAAGUGUAUUUUUGUAAGAUAUGUCUGGCUUCUAAAUUCUGCAAAUCUUUAUCAACCCCUGACUGAUGGACAUAUGUGAGAAUUUAUAGGUUUUCCCCAGUUUUAUUUAAACAAACAAUAUGAAUGGUGAAGCGCUUUAAUUGGGCUUCCUUCCUUGUUGGCCUGUUCAGUGGCAGGUUGUAGACAUGAGAUGGUGUGGGACCUGAAGUACGGGUUAAUAAUCCCCAGCUUAUCCUACUUGGUAAGUUAAUGGUGUAAUGUUUUUAAAUGAGGGUUGAAAGCCACAACUUCACAAUUAUUGGUUGUCAAUUGUUAAAUAUCUAGAAUGGAAGAUGCACAAUUGUCUGGUUAUUUAAGUGCCUGAACUGAGACUGCAUUAAAUAAAUGUUUGUUUGUUUUUUA